CCAAACUAGUAUUAUCGGUAUCAAAAUGUCGUCAUCGUCAUCUUAUGAAAUGACGAUGGAAAACGAAGGCUUUAAGUAAUAAUGACUUGCAGUAAAUAGAUACAUAUUUUAGAAAGAACAUUGAUGUAAUUGUAGAUUUGGCUCACUUAUAAUAUCAAAGAUAUGUUAAAGAUUGGAGUUAGCCGCAUUAAAGGUAGAUAUGGACCGACAACGCUUCCCUCCAAUCAAAGCAAGGAUAGUGAUGGUGUCACCAAAACCGGAAACGCCCCUGAAGAUGAAAAAGAUACAUCGGGCAAGGAUACGGAUGAAAUCAAAGCGUUGAAUGGCGGAUGGGGUUGGAUGUGUGUAAUUGGAUGUCAAAUAUCGCUAUUUAUGUUGCUUGGUCUGAUGAGGUCAUUUGCUGUAUUCUACAUUGUAUUCAAAGACAGAUUCCAUGGUGGAGCCGCGGCGACUGCUUGGGUGGGUGGGCUCCAAAAUGCCCUUCUGUUCCUAAUGAGCCCCAUAGCGGCAAUGCUAACCGAACGAUUCUCAACAAGGUCUGUUGUGAUUAUUGGAGGACUCUUUUGUGCAUCUUCGUCGAUUCUAAGCAGCUUGGCGCCAAGCUUAGGUGUCCUUUACUUUACAUGGGGCGUCCUUUUCGGAAUCGGUGGUACACUGACAUACUCUCCUAGCAUCGUCAUUGUUGGUCAGUACUUCAAGGAACGCCGUUCUCUCGCCAUGGGUCUUGCGGCUUCAUCCUCUGGCAUUGGAGCAUUCGCUAUGCCUAUUCUUGUCAGAUAUCUCAUGUUUGAAUAUGGCUAUUUCGGGGCUAUGCUACUCCAAGGAGGGCUAUUGUUACAUAUUUGUAUUAGUGGGGCUCUGUUCCGACCGUUAGCAAACAAUUUUAGGAAACCUCCAACCUCUCGCAAGGAGCAAAAUGAAGACCCGGAACAUAUGAUGCACUUGCUAGAUAAAUCAAAAGACAUGUGUGAUAUUAAUGAAACAAAUGAUAGUAACCUGAAUGAUAUUCCAGAGAAAAGCAAUGCAGAAAAAACUGUGGCUGAAAAAACAAUUGGUCAUAACGAGAAACAACCAGAAAAUGUUUACCUCACUCUUUUUAAGGACAGUGGCUUCUUAACUUUGUCAAUGGCAAUUUUAAUAGGGACAUUUGGUUAUACAUCGAUGCCGGUAUUUUUACUGGCUUUAGCCAGGGAACGGGGAUUGACCAUCGCGAAGAGUGCCAUUAUCCUUGCUACAACCGGUGCUAGUGACGGCAUCUCUCGCAUCGUUCUUGGAUUCUUCUUGGACAUGAAGCUUGUCCGUCCUCAUCGGACAAAGGUCUACAUGUUUGCCAUAUUUUCGUUCGCUGUCUAUGGUAUUGCGUAUACUCUUGCUAGAACACUUCCACAGUUCUUGAUCAUAGCGGUAUUAUUUGGUGCUUCCGAGAGCAUAUUCUGGGUCCAACGACCGGUUAUUGUUGCAGAUCUUCUAGGGAACGACAAACUGUCAAGUUCGCAUGGUCUGAUAUUGGCUUUCCAGGGUGUCGGGGUAAUGCUAGGACCCGUGGUUGGAGGUAUCCUGGCGGAUCGCUUCGACAGUUACAUACCGACAUACUACAUGUCUGCAGCCACAGUGACACUAGGUGUUCUUCUUUUCUACACAGGGAGAAUAUUCAAGUUUUUACGUGGAACUAAACUUUCAAACAGAAGGCAGAAAGUCGUGGGAAGUGUUAUAAACAAACUGAUCGCGACAUCGAGGGAAUGAUAAAUUUAAAAAUCGAUGCCUGUCUAUGAAUGUGUUGACCGAAGCAAGCUAAUUGUACACAUUUAAAUGGUGAAAUAAAUUAUCUCUCAA